CCGGCAGCAGAGCAGAGAAUCAAAGAUCGGAAUGGGAAACCGCGCCCGCUUUUCUGGACGCUCUUUUCACCCCAGGGAUUCCACGGUUUUUUAAAGACUCCGAUCCUGCAGGCGAGUAGCGGCGAGGUGCCGGUCUUCACCCACGAACGACGGGGUCGAUACAAGUAGCGGCAGCCCUGUGUGGCUGUGUACUUCCUGAUCAUCAUCAGACUUAGACACAACACAACAGCAACUGCCAGUCGCCCUCUUCUCCUCCUGUCGUUCGCGUCCUGUCCUUGUGUUUCUUGCUGCGCGCGUGUGUGUGUGUGUCGAUGGGGAGGACGCCGUGCUGCGAAAGGGCGGCGGUGAAGAGGGGGCCGUGGUCGCCGGAGGAGGACGACGCGCUCCGCGACUACAUGCGCCGCUACGGCAACAACGGCAGCUGGAUCACCCUCCCGCACAGAGCCGGUCUGCGGCGGUGCGGCAAGAGCUGCCGCCUCCGCUGGCUCAACUACCUCCGCCCCGACAUCCGCCACGGCGGCUUCACCGACGAGGAGGACGCGCUCAUCUACUCACUCUACAGCCAGAACGGAAGCAAGUGGUCGCUCAUCGCGUCCAAGCUGGAGCGGCGCACGGACAACGACGUCAAGAACCACUGGAACACCAAGCUCAAGAAGCGCCUCGCCGCCGCCUCGGCCGCGGCCGCGGCCACCUUCUCCUCCUCCCGCACCGACUCCAUCCUGCCGCUGCCGGCCCCGACACCUGCGCCCACGCACGCGCACCCGCACCCGCACCCGUCGCCGCUGCUCUCCUUCUCCAUGCCGACCGUCAAGGCCGAGACGUACACCUACGACGGCGGCGACUUCCUGGCGCCGGCCGCGGCGCUGCACGACCCGUUCGCCGCCGCCGAGGGCUCCACGUCGGCCGCGUCAUCGGGGUCCAACUGGUCGGCGGUCGACAACGGCCCGGCCGACGGCGGCGGCUUCUUCGCCGACUUCUGCACCGCCGCCGCCUCCGACCUCGACGCCGCCGACCAGUUCCUCACCGGCUUCUACUACCCUCUCGAUCCCACCGUCUCCCUAGUGUAGCCGAUCGCUACUACCUGUUCUCAAAGUUGCGGUAGAUCAAUGCGCCACACGCCUACCUGCGUGCGCGUGUUCUAGGUGUUCGUCCCAUCGCCGUUUCCAUGCCGUGUCUUGGUCAGAGAAUUUCAGUGCAAACUUUGAAUUGCUAUACUAUCAGACAAGGAAGAGCUACUUUCAAUCUUCUUCUAUAUGGUUUGAA